AUGUUAGGAUACGUAGACACCUGGGAUGACGCAGAGCUGGAAGCAGCGCUUACGACUUCCGGACUUGGAGCUGGUUCAGAUGCAGCUGCACAUGAUGGUAGCGAUGUCAAGGAAGAAGAUGGCUUGGCUGAUGACAUGUUUGAAGACCAGUUGAACUGGGAGAGGUACCAGCAGGAGAAGGACAUGGAAGAUGACCGCACCCAGCCACCAUCGCCUGAAUAUGACUUUGAGGCUGAGGAGCCAGUCCCUGAGGAUCCUGACAAACAGCAGGAGCCUGUCGUGGAUGCUGCCAUGCUUGAUGCUAUCCAGACAGCUUUGGUGCACAGACUUUUGUCGGAAGGCCUCAUUUCCAGACAGGAAGUAGAGCCUCAUAUUUUUAUGAAGCCAACGAGCAAGGCUUCUGGAUCUUCCAUGCCUGAUGAUUCCUGUGGCCAUCGGGCCAAAGCAAAGCUGCCACAACCUCUAAAGAUGCAGCCGCGAGUUCCACCGCCUCCCAAAGCUAAGUUGCCUAUGCCUCCUCCUCGUGGGCCACCACCUUUGCCACCGCCGCCUGGAAGACCUCGCUUGGUACCUCCUCCCAGAGAACUUUUUGGGUCAAGAAGGGCCUAUGAGAGGUGCGUACGGAACCAGUUCCGUAAGCGGGCCGGUGGCAAGGCAAAGCCUGCUGUGAAACCGAAGCCGAAACCUAUGCCCAGAACUGCAACUUCAUCUGGCCCUGCAGUAAUGAAGGCUACAUCAAAAGCACCUGGACCUGAUCCAACCAGCAGCCACGCUGAUAACAACCCUGCCGAGUGCUGA